AUGGGGCUCAAACCGUAUAUGGGCCUAAGGGGCAAUGCCCUUCUCCGGGCGGCUGUCAUGCUGGUCGUGUGUCCGACCUUCACCUGCUAUGGAUACAAUAUGAGUGUUGCAGGUGGUUUAUUGACUCUCGAGACUUUCAAUGCCCAAUUUCCAAGAAUGGAUACACUGCAUGGUGAUGCUGCGACUAAACAUGAGAACUCUACUAUUCAAGGCACGGUUAUCGCACUUUACACUGCAGGAGGUAUCUUUGGUGCCCUGUCCUGCAUCUACCUCGGCGAUCUUCUUGGCCGACGGAAGGUCAUUUUCAUCACCAAUUUCAUUGCUGUGAUCGGCGCCAUCCUCAUGGCUUCCUCAUUUCAAUUUGCUCAAUUUAUUGUGGCUCGAUUAGUCCUUGGUCUUGGAAUUGGUGGUUAUCUUGCGACAGUCCCGGUUUGGCAGUCAGAGAUUUCCCCUUCACAUAAGAGAGGUUCUAAUGUUGUCACCGAUGGAAUUUUCGUUGGAAUCGGUGUUACCAGUGCAUUAUGGAUUGACCUCGGUUUCUAUUUUAUCAAAGGCAACUCGGUAUCCUGGAGAUUUCCGCUCGCCUUCCAGAUUGUACUGUGUCUCAUCGCUAUGACGUUUAUUAUGCUCCUCCCGGAGUCGCCUCGUUGGCUCAUCAAGGAGGGCCGAAUCGAAGAAGCCCGGGAAGUUCUUCAAGCUCUUCUGGAUGUUGGAUCUGAUUCAGAAGUCAUCACAAAUACUAUCUACGAGAUUGAAACAUCUCUAGCCAAAGCCGGGGCUUCAUCCUGGCGCGACAUGUUCACUAUGGGCGAGCAGCGACUUUUCCACCGCGCAUAUCUCGCUGCAACGGGUCAAAUGUUUCAGCAAAUGUGUGGUGUUAACUUAAUCACCUACUACGCUACUACAAUUUUCCAGCAGUAUCUUGGCCUGGACGCUGUUCGUUCUCGAAUUUUGGCUGCCGCGAUGGGUCUGACACAACCACUUGGCGGCUUCCUCGCCUUCUACACAAUUGACCGCCUAGGUCGUCGUCCUUUGAUGCUCUGGUCUGCGGGCGCCAUGUCAAUAUGCAUGGCGAUCCUGGCUGGCACAACUGGGCAAGAAGGCAAUACGGGUGCUCUCGUGGUGGCAGUGGUGUUCCUAUAUGCUUUCCAAUUCAUUUUCACAGUAGGCUACUCGGGCCUGACAUUCUUGUAUGCCGCAGAGAUGGCACCACUACAAGUCCGCGCCGCAGUGAACGCCGUCUCCACAGCCACUGUGUGGGCCUUCAAUUUCUUACUCGCUGAAAUCACGCCGGUCGGAUUUGACACGAUCUCCAACCGAUAUUAUAUUAUUUUUGCCGUUACAAAUGCGGCAAUCGUGCCCUGUGUAUAUUUCUUCUUCCCCGAGACCAAGGGGCGCACUUUAGAGGAAAUUGACGAGAUCUUCGCGCAGUCCAAGUCCAUAUUUGACCCUCCCCGUGUUGCACGUCGUAUGCUCCAGGUCCAGGUUGGCCAGGCACAGUCUGACAAUGGCGAUAACAACACUUCUAGCGAUGAAGCUGUGAAGAUGAAGGUAUAG